AAAAAUAACAACAUCGAAAUUGUACAGACUUUUGCCAUCAAAGAUUCAGAAGAGUUAUUUCUUGAAGAGUUAUUAUAAAAACAGCCAGUUAAGAAAAAUAUAGAAAGAGGAAAAUGACUCGUCUGGAAAGCAUCACCAAAAAAGAUGCUUGGUGGCCUGAUCCAAAAGAAGCCGUUCGCAACAAAGACAACGAAGAACAUGCAACAGAACCAGAACAGCACCUGUCCAAACAAGCUGACUCAGCUAAAAACACAUUAAUCGGCAAUUUUGCUUCGUAUACCACCCUCCACGGGCUGCACUUUUUGUUUCAGCCCAUCCCUCGGGCCAGGAAGAUUAUCUGGGGGAUAAUGCUAGUCAUUGCAACCGUUGGGCUAAGUAUCCAAAUUGGGAAUGGCUUGGUAAAGGUGUACUCAUAUAACAUCUUCACGGCCAAGACUUUUGUGAGGCCUGAGUCAUUACCGUUCCCAGCGAUCACCAUUUGCAAUCAGAACAUGCUGCGUAAGACCGCGAUACUUGGCUCUGCUGGGCAGCGGUAUCUGGAUCAGUUGGACGAGUUAAGGGCGCGGUUUAUCGGGGAGGAUAUGAACGUCACAAGCGAGAGAAUCAACAUGGAUGCUAUCGUACAGAAGAGUGGACACCAGUUGGAAAAGAUGGUCUAUGAAUGCCGCUUUGUAAGAGACAAGUGUGACAACAAGUCGAUAAAAGUCUUCACAUCAGAAAAGCGUGGUCUUUGCUAUACGUUUAACUCCGGUGUGAAUGGCACGCCUCUGUUAAACGUCAGUCACUCCGGCUCCGAGUAUAGUCUGUCGCUACGGCUGGAUGCAGAACCAACUGAGUACUACGGUCCUUACAGCUAUGACGGUACAGGAUUCAAAAUAGCAGUCCAUGACCAGAAAGUCUUGCCGGACAUAGAAGAAGACGCAUACGACAUCUCGCCCGGGUUCUACACCAAAAUCACUAUGAAGCGAGCUCAGACAUUGUUCCUUCCUUCCCCGUAUUCAUCUGGCUGCGGCAGUCGGAAGCUGCAGUUUAGCCAAGAAUACUCCUACAAGAACUGUAUCAGAGAGUGCCACACACAGCUCAUGAUCGGGCGAUGCCGCUGUAGAGCUAUAGGCAUGACUUUACAAGAAAAUGACACAACGCCAUACUGCACGACACGAGAAGUUCAAGACUGUAUCAUGAGAGUGCAUGAGAGGAGUUCAAGGCAAAGGUGUGACUGUCCUGUUCCUUGCGAAAUGACCACAUUCACAUCGAGAAUAUCCUUGGCCUACUUCCCUUCGCAGCACGUGUGGGAAACAUUCCUCCCUUUCUUGACCACCGCCUAUGACCUAAAUCUGACGGGUUUGUCACCCGAUGAGCUUGACAUGAAGGCAGAGCACUUCGUUAGGAAGCGCUUUGCAAUGGUAAAGAUUUUCUAUGAAACAUUGCGGACUGAGAUGUAUCAUCAGAGACCAGCUUAUGAGAUGAGCGACUUGUUCGCGGAUGUUGGGGGUAACAUGGGGUUAUUCCUCGGAUGCAGUAUGCUUACGAUUGCAGAAUUUAUUGACCUGGCGAUCAUGCUUUUAAUCACAAAAUUUUGGCGACGCAGGACGGUUGACCACGCCCAAGCACGGGAUCAAACCUAAACAACUUGUGUUUUACCUGGCGUGUUGGGUUAUUUUCUGAUAUUCUUAAGUCGAGACUCGCCAAAAACAAUACCCGCGGUAAAAAAGAGCUACCCGAGACUUUAUAUUGAAUAGCAAAUAGGUGUUCCUUGGGCCGACUCAAAAUGGUUUCUACCGCUUACCGGCCAAAUAAAUGAAUAUGGUUGACCUGACUUCAAUCCAUGGUAUGCCAUUCUCAUAAAAAGCAAUGACCAGGUGAAAAAACUACAAAAAAGAAACUCAAUCUUUUUGUAUUGCGCUUUUCUAAAGGCGUGGGGUGACAUGAAAGAGGAUCAAACAUAUAUUAAGUCUUUGUGAUAAGCUGUACCCUGGCUGUGGCUUUUGUUUAAAGUGUUUAUUUAAAAAAGAGAGUGAGAAACAGGAAACAAUGUUUGGAUCUGAAAACUCGAGUUUAAUCAAUAGUCAACAAUGCUAAAGGAAAUAAUGGCAUGGAUUGCCAGGAUAAGCAUAUGGUCAGUCUGUCUUGGUAGUAAGACCUCCUGAAAGCAACAAGGAUUGUUUAAUAAUUAUAAUAAUAUGCUACUAAUGCUACUAAUUCAUUUAGUGUGUAUUAGCAUUGUGUUAAUGAAUGUAUUCUUAAGCCUUAGAUACUGAAAUAAAUUGUUAAACUGUUAAACGGGGUUCGGCUCCUGGAAUGCCAGUUAGCACUGUCCCAGGGAUAGAUACGGCUAUCUUGACAUUCUGUUGGAUAACAAGGGCAAUCAUCCCUAGGUUAGCGUUAACCUGUUUUCUAGGAACCCGGCCCAGAGACUAGCACAUUAUCAUUUACCAAAUAUCUCAUUGUCUGCUUUCAAAAAUCGGAGAGAAGACAAUUAAUAUGCACCAAUUGUAUUGAAAUAAAACGGCUUUACUUUACCGC